AUGUAUUUUCAUUUUAUUCUCCUAUUUCUUGGAGCAGUUUGAGCACAAUCCACUCUACUGCAAUGCAAAGGGGAGUGGAUAAAAAUCCUUGAAUCAGCGAAAGGAAUUAUUGGCCCCUCUCCUUCUGAUUAUAGCAAGCAAUUUUUAUACACAGGCUUAAAUGCUAAUGAGUUAGGCCAAUAUGAUUCAUGCUUAGAAUUAGACAAUUCCAAAUUCACACUUAUACAGGCAAGUGAUUCCCCAAUAAUUGCCUGGGGCUUAUGUGGGCCUUCCAUUUGCUCUGAAGCUGAUUAUUAUUUACUGCUGCAAAGUCUUGCAGACCCAGAAGAAAAAAAUGAAGAAAUUCUAAAAACCUCGUUUAGUAAAAUUGUUCAAGCCUCAGCUUUAGGCAGUCUCAAGAUAGUUUUUCCUAAAGAGUAUAUAGAUGACCAUUUCAAUAAAUACAGCUCUGGAGAAACAAUUAUGUUUACAAUCACCAUAGUCAUAAUCUCCACUGCUGCUAUAGGAACAGGAAUAGAUUAUUGGAUAUAUACUCAAAAAGAAGCUAAAAAAGAUCAAGAAGCACUGAAUUUUUUGCUGAAAUUGUUCCUGUGCUUUUCUGUAAUCACAAACUUUAAAAAAAUCUUUAAAAGUCGUAGCGAAGAAAAAUUUGGAGAAAAAAACACCUUUGAAAUUUUAAAUUCUGUUAGAGUUUUAGCAAUUGGUUGGGUCAUUUUUGGACAGUUUGUCAAUAUUAUAUCAUCAAAUGCUGCGUUAGUAAAUUUUAAUAAACUAAUUACAAUCGCAAAACUGACUAUUAUGAUAUUCCCUCUUACAAGUACUUUGGCUGUUGAUACUUUUCUAUGGCUUUCUGGGUUUUUAUUAGGAUAUUUACUCCUUGUGGAAAUAAAUAAAGAAGAAAAAAAAAUGAGCUGGAUUUUGCUUUAUAUUCAUAGGCUCUUUAGACUUUGGCCUCUUAUGCUGUUUAUUUUGUUUUUCUUUUGGGCUUUUCAAAAACAUAUUGGAAAUGGCCCUUUAUGGUAUAAUGGAGAUUUAUAUAAUAAUGAUUGUAAAGAUUACUGGUGGUCAAGUAUGCUUUUUAUCAAUAAUUUCGUCCCUAAUUGGAAAGGGAGUGGGUGCUUAGGCCAAGGAUGGUAUUUAGCGAUGGACAUGCAAUUUUUUAUUAUAACUCCUCCAAUCAUUUAUUUGUAUCACAAGUACAAUAAAUACAUUGGCUGGGCUAUCAUGGUAUUUUUUAUAGGACUAACUAUAAUAAUAUCAGCAGUCGUGGCCCAUCAUUUUACAUUAAAUAUUGUCGUUCCUGCUUUGCCGAAUGAAAACAACUAUAUGGAUUACUACUUUACAAAGCCAUAUUGUAGAAUUGGAGCUUAUGCUAUAGGAGUUUUAUCUGCAUUUAUAGUAUACUCCUAUAAGCAGUUUAAAGAAAACGGUACAAAAUAUGACCCAAUUGGUGUUUGAAUCGGAUUAAAGCUAGAAAAUCGACGCAUAAGAUGAACUGUUGGGUUUAUUGGCUAUGCCUUAAUAAACUUUAUAAUUUUCAUUCAAUAUGACGCUUUUAAAAAUCCUGGAGGGAUGGAAUUAACUUACCCAAAUUGGACAGAUGAAGAAAACCAAGCUUUUAUAGCACUUCAUAGAGUGGUUUUUACUUUUGCAUUAGCAAGCUUACUUUUGCCAGCACUAUUAGGCCACUUUUCGUGGAUGACCCGAUUUUUAUCGUCACAGAUAUGAACUCCAUUUUCAAGACUGACUUUUUGUGUGUUUUUGCUUCAACAGAAUAUGAUAGAAAUUGCUUAUAGAAGCCAAAGAGCAGCUUUGUGGUUUGAUCAAUUUUCUGGGAUUAAAGAUUUGACGUGGUUCUUCUUGUUUUUAUUUGUAUGCUCUAUUCCUUUUGUGAUGCUUGUUGAAAUCCCUGCAUUUGAAAUAGAAAAAUUAAUUUUCAAAUCAAAAAGCCAAAUUGUUGUGGAAGAGAAGAAAUCACUUUUGAUGAUAUCACUGGUGGAACAAGAAAAGAAGCCUUAUUAUGCUUAG